CAUUUUUCUAAGGAAUCGUUACAAGAUAACCUAUAAACUAGAAAAUAUAUAUGUGUCAGUUACCAAAUAUAAACACUUCACAUUUUUGAAAACAAUUAAUUUGUUUUAAAGAACAAAAUGAGUCUUCAUUCAAUAGCUGACUAUUUCGAUGACAUUGCGCGACGAAGGAACAAAAAUCAAGACUACUCAAAACUACCAACCAGAGAUAAUGGGUUUGUAGAUGCCCAGUUUCAGGGCCCAGCCCAAAAAAUUCCAUGGAAAGCCAUUGCAUUGGCCACCACGCUGUUGGUAAUCGGAACCAGCCUUUUGGUGUUUGGUUCCUUGGCCAUUAGUGGCCGCAUCCAAUUGGAGUAUCCAGACCGAAUGUGGCCAAUGAUUAUCAUUGGAAUCAUCAUGUUUAUACCGGGGGCUUAUCACGUUAGAAUCGCUUAUUACGCGUAUAAGGAAAUCCCGGGGUUUUCUUUUGAUGACAUUCCAGAAUUUGAAUAAGAUAAGGUGGUGAUUAAACGUAGAAUGCACCAACAAACGGAUCUGGAAUUGCACAGCUUCAUUUAGUGCGAAUCUAGUUGAGUAACUCUUAAAUAUUAUAAGUGCCUGACUUGGAAAGUCUUCUUCAUGUGCAAAGGUUGCACAUUUUCUAAUGAACAAGUAUAUUAAUAUGCAUAUGAAAUCACCAUAAUAAAAGAACGUUUUAAUAACAA